AUGGAGCAGCAACCCGUAUGUGGCUUCGAGGGCAACAACGACCUCUACGGACUCGGGCUGCGGACCGGUCUCUACAUCCAGUAUGUCUCCCUCGCCCUCGCCAACUUCCUGAGUCAAGAUCCUAGGUCGAAUCGGGCCGAUGUUGGAGAGCCCAACGAGAACAAGAACUCGGGAAUCCACUACCUACGAGGUGUCGCACUUGUCUACAUUCUCGCCAACUUCAUAGCUCUCCUCCACGCGAACCGGAACCGAUGUGUCCGUGAUGUGGAGGUGGUCAUCCUGCUCCUAGAGCUACUCCCGCAGUUGACCCCCAUGGUAAGGCCGCGCCCAGAACUCCGAGACCUCAUCAAGCAUUAUCCCGAAGUGAGCGAGUUGCACGCAACCGUCUUGUUCUUCGUGGUGCGCGCCUUCAUCAUAUACCAGGCAUACUUCUGGUGGCGGGGUAUCAAGGUUCUCCCCUCAACACCUUGCGAGGAGUACAUCUGGGCCUUCGUGCAACCCAGACGACUACAUAGUGGGACGCUCAAAGCCAUAUUCCGAGUGCUGUUCACGAUCCUCAGCAUCGGUGCUUUCAUUGACGCCCUCCGUUUCUUUCGCAAGUCUCGUCGCGACCGUAAAUCUACCCUACCUUAG